CAUGCGCACUACAUUCCAAUUCGAUGGGAGGCCGUUGAAACGGUGUAAACUUAUGGAAAACAUUCCCCAGUGUUUACAAUGUGAUAUUCGAAAAGAAUCAAGUAUUUUUGUGGAUGGAAUAAAUUAAAAAUAUUUCGAUUUUAGAGAAUUAAAUUAAACGGUUUGGAUUUACUUUAGCGAAAUGGUGAAACCGGAGGAAAUCCGUGAUCGUCAAAAGCUUGCAAACUUGAUAAGUCAGUGGAACUCGGAACAUUACGAUCUUUUUGAACUUAGUCCACCAAACGAGAGCUUAGAGUUCCACGGGGUUGUAAGAUUUUACUUCCAAGAUGAAGACCAUAAUGUAGUCACAAAGUGUAUAAGGGUGGCGAGCUCAGCCACCACAAAGGAAGUUGUUGAUGUCCUGGUGGAGAAGUUUCGUCCAGACAUGCGCAUGUUGACAGCUAACAGAUAUAACCUGUUCGAGGUUCAUAUAAAUGGAGAGGAGAGGAAAUUGUUGGAUGACGAAAGAAUUCUAUACGUGCAGUUGAACUGGGGGAAAGAUGUACGAGAAGGCAGAUUUUUGCUACGCAGAGAGGGUGCAUCUGCUGCCCCAGAGAAAGAAAGUGGUCCAGGAUUCAAAAGAAAGUUGUCAAAAAGAGAAAAGAAAGAAAAGAAGAAAGCAGAUAAGGAAAGAAAGAUGAACAAAGAAAAUGUGGAUAAGAAUGGGGGUGUGGCCCAACAGUUGUAUACUGACGCCCCUGAGACUAGUUUUACUCGGAGUAUUUCCAAUCCGGAGGCAGUUAUGAGGCGGCGAAGGCAGCAAAAGUUGGAGAAAAAGUUACAACAAUUUCAUGGACAAAAUGGCCAAGGGGGUACAUUGAAGAUCUAUGGUGAGACUUUGAAGCCAGAUGUGCCAUAUAAAACACUGUUACUGUCGACAGCAGAUACAGUAAAACAUGUCAUCAAAGAAGCGAUGGAGAAAUAUGAUGUUGAUACUGAAGAUACUUCACAGUUUGUACUUGUCGAGGUGCUGGUACCACCAGGGGAAAGAGAAUAUCACGGAGGUACAAUAGGCGAGGAAAGGAUAAUGGAAGAUGAUGAAUGCCCGUUAGCUAUUGCCAUGCAGCAUCCGCCUAGCAGAGGAAUGUUGAUGUUCCAAUUGAAGAGGAAGAAUGUGGAUAUGAUAAAGCCCAAAUAUAAGAGACAACGGGCGGUAUCCCAUGAAGAUCUACGAUCCACACAGGCACCUAGUAGCCAGCAAACCCCACCUAAUAAAUUACCUUUCUUGGUGGAAUUAAAUCCAGAUGGUACAGAGAAUUUGAAAGGUAAAGUACAUAGGUUACAUUUAGAUGUUACAGAAGUUGGCCGUGAAAAACCACCAUCCACAAAUGGACAGUAUUUACAAUUAUAUGGUCCAAACAUACAGUCUCGGCAUUGUGUAAUAGCUCACACCAGUGAUGUAGUGACGGUUACCCCAACCAGUCGCGAGUCCGAGACAUACGUUAACAACCAGCGCAUUCAAGAGACUACAAUGCUUCAGCACGGAAUGACGGUCAAAUUCGGCAAACAGAAUGCAUUUAGAUUUUUCGAUCCUGCUUGGGAAGAGAAAAUGAGAAGAGGCGGGAUGCCUCAGGAAUUAGCACAGAGACAAGCAACAGCCCCACCCUUCCCUAACCGUCCACAGGAAACAAAUUUUGAUAUGGAUGGUCGUGUAGAGACGACGGACGGUGUUCGGCCUCAGCAGCCACAGAGACAAGAAAGUCGACAAAGCGGUCACAGUAGUUUACAGGGCAGCAGUGUUCAUGGAAGCAGUCAUGAUGAUAUGCCAAGAGCUUCACCUCGUGAAAGUCGACCUGACGGCACCAAGUUUGAAGAUGCAUUACCAGCUAGUUUAGAGUUUAGAGAUGACAAAGAGAACGAUUUUCUGAGUACAGUUAUUCUUGACACAAAUGCUUCUGCGACACAGUUCAAACUUUCUCCUACCUACACCAUGUAUCUGGCGGUGAGAUUCCGGCUUUCGAGUGCAUACAGACCGGAACUCAGUCCGUCCGACAGAGCUCAUAAGUUGACGUCAGUUGUUAACAAAAUAGCUCAGAUGAUUCCACAAGCAAUACAGGAUAAUCGUGAUAACCCGGCAACUCUAGCAUUCUGGAUGGCAAAUGCGUCGGAGAUCCUGCAUUUCUUCAAGCAGGAUCAUGAUAUACAUUUGUUCAGUCAGGACUCGCAGGAGAUGUUAGCCGAGGCCGUUCAGAUGGCUUUUCAUCACCUAGUACGAUGUCUACAGUACGAUCUUCAACGCACACUUCCAGCAUUCCUCGAUGAAAAUGAUGACGAUGGUGAAAUAGAUGAUAGGAGUCGUUAUAACAGAAAUAAGCCAACUAUGAUGGACAUUUUAGACACGUUGUCGUCGGCCAUGAAUCUACUGAGACGAUGUCGCGUGAACGCUGCACUCACCAUUCAACUCUUCUCCCAGUUAUUUCACUUUAUUAACAUGUGGGUGUUUAACAUCCUCGUCACAGAGAAAAGAUUGAACCUGUGCACCAAGGCAUGGGGUGUCAGACUGAAGAGACGUCUAGGGCGUGUAGAGGCCUGGGCCGAGAAACAAGGCCUAGAACUGGCUGCCGAUUGCCACCUUUGUAGAAUAAUUCAGGCUGCUCAUUUGCUGCAAGCACCAAAAAGUAGUCCAGAUGACAUAGCCAACAUAAGUUCCACCUGUUUCAAGCUGAACUCCCUUCAAUUGCGUGAAUUGCUUGAACGUUACCAACCUGAGCCGAUGGAGCCCCCAAUACCUCACAAUCUUAUCGACAGAGUCGUGUCUGUGGCAGAGAAUAUGGCGGAUGAGCUGAUACGCACAGACGGACGUCAAGUACAAUUAGAAGAGGACCAGGAUUUACAGCUUCCAUUUUUACUUCCUGAAGAUGGAUAUUCUUGUGAUACUAUUAAAGGUGUUCCAAAUGGAUUGGCGGAUUUCAUUGAGCCAUUGACAAGGGCUGGUCUAUGUCGAAUGGCACACCAACCACAGGCCAGUGGUCUCUGGACUGUGUACAUGUCGGACGACGAGUCAUCACAAAUAAUUGAGGAAUCGAUACGUGAUCGGAAAGAUCGAAUUGCGGAUCCACGGCAGCAGGCGCAGCAGCAAGUGGCGCAACAGCAGCAACCACCUCAGGGUCCAUCAUCGCCAGUUUCAAAAGAGCCGGAAGUCAUUGUGGUCAGCUUUAACAAGGUGAAAGGCAGUAUGGGGUUGAGCAUCGUUGCAGCAAAGGGAGACGGACAGAGGGAGAGAGGGAUUUACAUUAAGUCUGUUGUACCGGAAGGAGCCGCUGCUAUUGAUGGGCGACUACAAGCAGGAGAUCAGCUGUUAGAAGUAGAUGGCAAAAGUCUGGUGGGAUUAACUCAAGAAAAAGCGGCUGAGCUUAUGACUAGGACUGGUAAUACUGUAACAUUAAAAGUUGCUAAACAAGGUGCCAUCUACCACGGCCUAGCCACACUCCUCAGUCAACCAUCACCCAUCAUGCAACGAGCUUCCCCUCAGAAGACCCCUAUGACACCUAGUAAACAGCGCCCUGGCGAGGACGGCCCACCUCCCUACAAUGGCAUGCCAGAAAAUGAUCGUAGACCAGGCAUGCAGAAAGGUACACUGCCUCGUGAUAUGAGAGGUCAAGGUCUUCGUGGCCCUGAUAGUAGAUCUUCUCCAGCUCUCAACAGUGAUCAACCAAUGUCUGCUGCUGAAAGGUUACAUGUGCAAGCACCUGGUCACCAGGCACCGCAUCCGCACGGUCACCACAACAGACGUGGUGAUAAUCGUGAUAUGAUGGAUAAAUCAAAAUCUAUUCCAAACCUUCACAUUGACAAUUCUUUCGAUGGCCGACAUGAUCCAGGAGUGAUGCGGCCAGCACAGAGUGUAAGUGCGUUACAGCGCAAUCAGAACCCUGACUAUUAUAAUCAGCCUCAUUCACUGGAGGAUUCAAGAAGUCACGAUUACGAAAAUCAACCUAUUGACCCAAGAAUUAGGGAUCAGAAUAGAGGAUAUCCAAAUACGAGUCAACAACCAUCGCCCAGAACGCAAUACAAUCGUCCACCUAUGCACCAAUCACCAGCAAGAACUGCACAGAAUUUUGAAAGACCACAAUCACAGUUUAUUGCUCCUCAUGAUAGGCCAGAGUUAAGGAACGGACGUCCAAAGUCAGAGGAGAUCAGUCAAGAGAGAUUGAGAAAUUGGCAGGAUGGCCAAGGGUCUCCUCAUGACAGUUUCGAAAAUAGAGUACCUAACUAUAGCAAUAUUAGACCGCAACCUAAUUAUGCAAAUCAAGGUGAGAUUAGAAAGAUGGACAUGGGCAACCAGUCGAAACAGCCAAACUUUUACGAAAAUACGUUACCAAGGCAACAAGAACCAACGCCUCCAUUCCAGCAGCUAAGGCAACCGGAAGAAGAAAAGUCUAAGCCAAUGACAGCACCAAAACCGUCAGUGGCACCAAAACCAAAUCAGCCAAUGGUACAUCCUACAGAGAUUCCAAGAUCAGACAUAGAUAACAGACAAACUCAACCUCAUUUCUACAACCCACAGCUUAGAGAUAAACCAGUGUAUCCCCAGGCAUCACAGAGUUUUAACACUUCACCCAACUCUCAGAGUCAUUACCAAAAUACAAGCUUCCAUGAUGGUCGAGCAGAUUUUAGAAAUAAGCAUUCCCCAGGGGGAAGUGAUAUGCACAAGAGCCCAAAUAUGUCAAGUAACAUGCACGAAAUUCCUCCAGAACUGCCGCCACCACCGUCAAUGGAUGAAUUGCAAGAUGAAGAAUUACCUCCCCUGCCUCCACCACCAGCUAUGGAUUACAGACUUGAACAAAAAAUACGUGAAGAACAGAACAGACUUUUACAACAGCCUCCCUCUGACCCAAGUUAUAGCAAUCUUCCUCCACAGAAUAGCAGAAAUCAGCCAUUUUCCACUACAUCAAUAAUGCGUGACCCAAGGUCUGCAACUCAACCUGGGAACCAGUCACUUCCACCCAAUUCUGCUGGUUACCAGCCUCCAAUGAGUUCUGGGUACCAGCCCCACCAUCCGACCGGAUAUCAGCCUCCACAUUCAGCUGGUUUCCAAAUUCAUCAGCCACAGUCAUUGCCAGUACAGUCAGCUGGGUAUCAGCCUAACCAUGACUACCAAAAUAUUAACUAUCCAAACAGAAGUAUGGAGCACAGUCCAUCUGCCCAACAGCCACAUCAACAACAACAACAAAAUUUGUACGAAUCAUAUGAUCCAAGAAAAACGCAGUCAAAUCUUAGGCCCGCAAUUCAUACCCAGAUCAAAGAUCAACGCGAAACAAUUUUGUCGCCAUGGCAACGUGAGGAGAAAGAAAAGCAACUCAAAGAACAGGAAGAAGGAAUGAAUCGUAUACGCGAGAUGGAGAUCGCUGAAUUGGAGUCUAGACCACAUCGGACACCACAAGAGGAAGAACGUUUACGAAAACUAAGACUGGAUGCAGAGUUUAAUAGGAGAUUACAAGAAGUACAGAACAAAGACGAAGACGAUGAUUCCGACGAUGAUAGAUUUGUAAGUGCUCGUAUAUCAGUGCAGGGAUUACAAGAGGAUCUUGUGAAGAGUCGGAUGAAGAUGCAGGAAUUAGAGCAGAAACGUCAGUACGAGGAUAUGGAGAAAGAAAAAGAGCGAAUGCAGAGGUUAGAACGACGUAUUGAGAUGUUUGAGAGGGAACGCGAGGAUACUAAACAACGACAACAACGACGCAUGGAAAAACAACAGCGGGAACAAGAAGAAUAUUUUAGAAAACAAAAGGAGGCUCGUGAACAACACCGUCGAGAGAUUGAGGAAAAUUUACGUCAACAGAGACUAGAGGAGGAAAAAUUACGAGAGAAGAAAAGACAGGAAGAGGAACGAAGAAAAGAAAUGGAGAGACAGAGACAGAAAGAAAUUCAGGCUCAGAAAGAGGCUGAGGAGGCCCGAGCUCGGGAAGAAAUACGUAAACAAGAGGAGGAGUACCAGCGGCAACAACUUGCUGAGCAGGAGCGUCGUAGACGUGAAGAGGAACGGGAAAUCAGAGUUGCGGAGGAGAAAAAACGAUUAGAGGCCCUAGCUUAUCAGCAAAAUCAAUAUUAUUCACAAUACGAAAACUUGCCGCCUCAGGGUUCUCCAAAAACUGUGCCAGAUCAUUAUAAUCAAGGUCAGUAUGGUGGUCCGCCCCCACCAGAGAGACAGUCUUCGUACAAUACAGGAAGAAACAUGAACGCACGUGAUGAUAACAUGGAUAGGUAUAACGGUGGUUAUCACACCAAUCCUCCAUACGGAGGUCAGGACAAUAUGCCCUCGAAAAAAUCUGUAUCAUUUAACCCACAAGUGAAUUUAGAAAUGGGGCAAGGAAGCCCCGCACAUAAUUCAUCAUAUCAGCCAUUUCAGAGGGCGUACACACCACCGGAGUCGCAAAGUAUGUCACGUACAAACUAUUCUCAGUCACAGUCAGUGCCAGUCAGUUCUGUGCCGUCACCCACUGUAAACAAUAAUGAUAUCAAAUAUAGAACUCAAGAAAAUACACCGACGGUGAUUGGUUCGCAGGAAAUAUAUCGCGAUCCGAGAUCUAGAAUCGAAGCAAAAAUGGCGAACAAAAAUAAACAAAAUGCUGAUAGAUUAUCGUUCAGAGACAAGAUGAAAUUCUUUGCUCAAGAAGCGGGGGAGCAUACUCCGAAGGAGAAACCAAAAGCAUCGACAAGCCAGAGACGUAUUGAAUCUCAGCUACUAUAUAACGGGCAGUGAAUCUAACUCCACAUUAUGAAUUAAAAUGAAUAUUAAGAAGAUAUGCAAGUAAAAUCUCGGUUACCUUGAACUAACAUCAAGGUGUAAAUAAUGAAAGCAAAUAUAGAGAAGCACUGGCAGAAUAAGUGCUUUACAAUUGUGUUCAGAGGGGUGAAUUAUGAGAACAUUUCGUGUUGUGUCCGAGAGUGACGGGGAAUUUUACGUACUCUCACAAAUUUUAAUGGACAAGAUUUUACGGAUAAUGAAACUCUUGGUUGUGCUUAACAUUUUAUUAUGGAAUGAGUUGUGAACAACCGCUAUGUGAUAUUCAGAGAUUUGUUUCGAUAUUUAAAUAUGCGUGUAAAACUUAAUAUAGAGUAUGUAUAAAUGCGUAAACGUUUACAAUGGCUGAUACAAAGCAAUAAUCAAUAACAAAAAAGGGAAAAACAUCAUGGCGCACGUAAUUUAUGCAGCAGGUCUCGUCUUUUGUCAGAUAGUUAGCAUUUAUUAUGUAAAUAGUAUAUAUUUUUUUACAUGAUAUGUACAUUUGUAUGUAACUAUGUAUUUUCUACAUGUAUUAUACUGCAUUCCACAUUAUUAUCAUCAUAAUUGUGAUACUUGUACUGGGUUGUUAAACAAUUUUUUUUUCGUUAUCUCACAUCAAAAUAGUUACUGUUUGAUGAUAGUGAUUUUUUUCUUCCCAUCUCUUAAAACCUUAUUAGAUAUUUAAAAACUGUAGUAUGUAUUAUAUAGUAGCAUUUUAGGCGAAAAUUCUCAUGUUUAUUCAACAAAUUUGUGAUUAUUUAAUAUCCGUGGGCCAGGUGCAAUAGAAAGUGCAUCUGGCCCAAAACUGCUUUUUCUUGGAAACUAAGACUCUGCUGCCUCUCUCCUAUGAUAUUAGUUUUGACUUUUUCUGAACCUUAAUUAUAGUUCAUUUGCAAUUGACAAAAAAGAUGUUUAAUGCUAAUAAAAUCUAUUGUCAUUAUUUUAAUUGUCAGCGAGCACCUUGUCAGCAGACUUGUUUUCAGUAUGUAACGUUUUUAUCUUGUAUUAAAACUGUACAUCUUUGGUAUAAAUUUGAUAGGAUUUUAAAAUUGAACUAAUAAAAAAAACACGCAAAACCAAGGCACAUUCUAGACUCUGUACUAACAAUUGUGGAACACAGAGAUUUUUUUGUUGCUGAAAUUUCGUUAAUUCCACUUGAAAAAAAAUUAAUAGAUUUAAAAAAACAGAAAAUUGAGUGAAUAUCUAUUGAAAAUUACUAUUAUAUAAAUUAAAUAAUUAUCUUAUCAAUUAAUUAAUUAGCAGAUUAUGAAUAUCUAUAUAUUUUGGUUGCUUGCAUUUUUCUCUAUGCUGUACUUUUAUAUUAUUUCUAGGAUUUUUUUUUCUGUUUGUUCUGGUGUUGUCUGACUUUUUACGUAUUUCUGUUUCGAACGUUACGCAGGAGUGAGCGACUUGUUUGUUGAUCAACUUGUCACUUGCCUGUAUCUGUUAACGUCAUUUGAAACAAAACGUGCAUAAAUGUGUAACGUUGAAUAGAUUUUUAUGGUUUUCAUAUAUAUAUAUAUUAUAUAAAAGUAUCAUAACAUAUCACCGAUCAGUUGUUGUUAUGUUUGUCUAUGUACAUAUUUUAAGAUAAAUAUUUUUACAAGAAAUUGAUAUUUGAUAUAAAAAGAAAUACAUUACAGAGGCCUAUAUUAUCUCCCUCAUUGUCGCAGUUUAAAAACACCUAUGCAUGAAAUGGUUGUGUAAUUAAUUGUGUUUUAUUGUUCUACAUUGUUUGUUGUUACAUUUUCACAUUCAUCCAUUGGAAAAUAUUAUUUUAUACAAGAUUUUAAGUAUCGAAUAUAAAGAGAAAAUGAGAAUUUAUAAGAAGGAUACAAUUUGACUUGGAUUUAUGAUGAAAAAUUCUGUAAGAAUUUGGACUGCAAAUUAAAAUUGAAUUUGUCAUCUAUUUUGUACAGAGAAGUUAAAAACAAUAAAAUAUCAUGUUGAUAAUCAUGUUCAAAAAUAAAAGUAAAAAAAAAUGCAA